AUGGGCAUCUAUAAAGUCCGCAUCGCCACUGGGAACUUCCUGCUAGCUGGGACAUUCAGCUCCAUCUCCAUCACCCUGGUGGGGACCCAUGAGGAGAGCGACAAGAAGCCCCUCGACAACUGCGGGAAGGACUUCAACCCCGGGGCGGUGGAGGAGUUCAAGCUGUGCAGCCGGCGCUGGCUGGGGGACAUCGUCCUGGUGCGGCUCCACAAGGAGCCCUACUCCUUCUACCCCACCGACAACUGGUACUGCAGCUUCGUGGAGGUCGUCUCCCCCCACGGCCAGCGCUACCGCUUCCCCUGCUACCAGUGGAUUGAGGGCUACCGCACCCUGGAGCUGCGGGAGGGGAAAGGCCAGAUAGUUUGUGACGAUGCCGAUUCCCCGUUGCUGCUGGAGCAGCGGCAGGCUGAGCUGAAGCACCGACGCGAGUGCUAUGGGUGGAAGGAGUUCGCCCCCGGACUGCCCCGGUGCCUGGCGGUGGAGAACGUCAUUGAGCUGGACUGUAACACCAUGUACUCCUUCACCAAGAGCACCAACUUCCUGCUGCGUGGGGGGAAUGCGCAGGUGGAGCUGUGGCUGAAGGGUUUCCUGAGCUGCACCAACUCCUGGGCGAAGCUGGACGACAUCAACAAGGUUUUCUGCUUCAACAAGACCCCGAUCACAGAGUACGUGCGGGCGCACUGGCGAGAGGACACAUUCUUCGGGUCCCAGUUCCUGAACGGGGUCCACCCGGUGGUGAUCCGGCGCUGCAUGGAGCUUCCCUGCAACUUCCCUGUCACACCGGCCAUGGUGGCCUCCUCCCUGGGGGAGAGCACCAGCCUGCACGAUGAGCUGGAGAAGGGGAACAUCUUCCUCGUUGACUAUAAAAUCCUGGAGGGCGUCCCGGCCAACACGAUCAACGGCUACCAGCAGUACAUCGCCGCGCCCCUCUGCCUGCUGCACCUGCAGCCCUCCGGGGAGCUCGUCCCCGUGGCCAUCCAGCUCAGCCAGUGCCCAGGCCCCGACAGCCCCAUCUUCCUGCCCAGUGAUUCCGAGUGGGACUGGAUCCUAGCCAAGACCUGGGUGCGCUACACCGAGUUCCUGGUGCACGAGGCCGUCAGCCACCUGCUGCUCACCCACCUGAUCGACGAGGCCUUCACCCUGGCCACCCUGCGCCAGCUGCCCAUGUGCCACCCGCUCUUCAAGCUGCUGCUGCCCCACACCCGCUACACGCUGCACAUCAACAUCAUGGCCAGGACCCUGCUACUCAGACGCGGAGGGAACAUUGAAAGGGCCAUGGGCUCGGGGCUCGAGGGGACCAAGGUGCUGAUGGCCAAGGGCAUGUCCUGCCUGACCUACACCUCCCUCUGCUUCCCUGAUGACAUCCAAGAGCGCGGGGUUGACUGCAUCCCCAAUUACUACUACAGGGAUGAUGGGCUGAAGAUCUGGUCGGCCAUUGAGAGGUAA